AUGGCCGAUGCAGGAAGGCAACAGGAACCUGCAUCUUCCCCGGAGCAUCUCCAGGGCGGUGGGGACUGCCACAGUGAGGACGACCUUGCUGUGCCGAUGGACAUGCUGAGGGAGGGAGGAGACCGAUUGGAGGCUAAACCAAUCCCUAGCUGUGAAACUGUGUCAGGCACUGUGGUCUCAUCCAUCCACACAGUCUCACCUGGAGGUAGGAGACGCCAUGACCACCACACUCAUGGCCUGCUCUGCAUUGGGCUGAAUAUGGGCCCCAGGACCCAAGUGCAGGCAGGGACCCUCCCCAAACCGAAGCUCUCCGCUGAGCCAGGAUCUGUGAUACCGCGGGGGGAACAUGUGACCCUCUGGUGUGAGGGGCCUCUGGGGGCCCAGGAGUACGGUCUGUACAAAGGGGGAAGCCAAGCGCCCUGGACAAGACAAACAUCACUGGAACUCAAGAGCAGGGUCGUGUUCUCCAUCCCAUCCAUGACAGAGCAGCAUGCAGGGCGGCAUCGCUGUUUCUACCGAACCCCUUCUGGGGAGUCAAAGCCCAGUGAUCCCCUGGAGCUGGUGGUGACAGGAGUCUCCAGCAAACCCAGCCUCUCAGCCCUGCCCAGCCCUGUUGUGACCUCAGGAGGGAACGUCACCCUCCAGUGUGGCUCAAGGCUGGGAUAUGACAGGUUCGUUCUGACUGAGGAAGGAGGAGACAAGCUCUCCUGGACACUGGACUCACAGCAAGACUCCAAUGGGCAGGUCCAGGCCCUGUUCCGUGUGAGCCCCGUGACCCCCAGGCAGAGGUGGACGUUCAGAUGCUACGGCUAUGACAGGAGGAAACCGCAGGUGUGGUCGGAGCCCAGUGACGUCCUGGAGCUCCUGGUCUCAGGAGAAGCAGAGACAAUCAACACAUCACAGAAUAAUUCAGAGCCCAACACAGCCUCACAGCCUCAGGAUUACACCAUGGAGAACCUCAUCCGCAUGGGCCUGGCUGGCCUGGUCCUGGUGGCCCUGGGGAUUCUGCUCUUCAAGGAUCAGUGCAGUCAGAGAAGGACCCAAGAUGCAGCCGGGAGAUGAAGAAAUAGCAGUCAGUGCUUGCUGAAACCCCUGUGGAUGGUAUCAGUCUAUCCCACCC